CGCCCCCCCGCCCGCCGCCAUGUUUUCAGGCCGGGUCUCGUUUAGUCUGCCCCCGUAAGGAAAUGGCCGGGGAGCUCCGGGAAACGCAGACGCCGUUGCUUCGGCAGAACCCGGGCUGACGAGACAGGGCAGCGGGGUAAACCGGAGCAGCUCGGCGCGGGGUGGGGAGGCCAUGGCGUCCAGUAGUAACUGGCUGUCCGGGGUGAAUGUCGUGCUGGUGAUGGCCUACGGGAGCCUGGUGUUUGUACUGCUCUUUAUUUUUGUGAAGAGGCAAAUCAUGCGCUUUGCAAUGAAAUCCCGGAGGGGACCGCAUGUCCCUGUGGGACACAAUGCCCCCAAGGAUCUGAAAGAAGAGAUUGAUAUUCGACUAUCCAGAGUUCAGGAUAUCAAGUACGAGCCCCAGCUCCUUGCAGAUGAUGAUGCCAGACUGCUACAGCUGGAAACCCAGGGAAAUCAAAAUUGCUACAACUAUCUGUACAGGAUGAAAGCUCUGGACGCUCUCCGUGCCUCUGAGAUCCCAUUUCACACUGAAGGCCGGCAUCCCUGUUCCCUAAUGGGCAGGAAUUUCCGCUCUUACCUGCUAGAUCUUCGGAACGCUACUACUCCUUUCAAGGGUGUGCGCAAGGCCCUCAUCGAUGCCCUGCUGGAUGGCUACGAGACAGCCCGCUAUGGGACAGGGGUCUUUGGCCAGAGUGAGUACCUGCGCUAUCAGGAGGCCCUGACUGAGCUGGCCACUGCGGUCAAAGCACGAAGUGGGAGCUCUCAGCGACACCACCAGUCAGCAGCCAAAGACCUUACUCAAUCUCCUGAAGUCUCCCCAACUACCAUCCAGGUGACGUACCUCCCCUCCAAUCAGAAGAGUAAACGUGCCAAGCACUUCCUCGAAUUGAAGAGCUUUAAGGACAACUACAAUACCCUGGAGAGUACUCUGUGAUGGAACUGACAGACUCUCGCUGGAGAUGGAGCCAGGAGGACAGUGUGCUUGCUGGGCAGUCCUCAGGUUAGCUGGCUUGUGGGCCUGUACUCUGUUGCCCGACGCUCCCGAUGUGUGGAUGUGUGCACAGAUCUUGCCUGGAAGCCCUCGGGGGAUAUUUCCGAACAACAAUUAAAACUAUUUUCCCUCAAAGCA